GUUGUGUAUUUGUGGUUGCGAACGUCUGACAACUGUUCUAGUCGAGCAAUUUUAGUUGAUUGUGGUUACAUCCAGUUAGAUCUGUCAUUUUAUUUGUUGACAAAUAUUUCUAUGUUAUUUAUAAAUGUUGUAAUUAAUUGUAUGUAAUCGUACGGAUGUGGCAGGGCUAAAGGACAGGAGGCACGGCGGGACGAUGUGUUUGUGACUAGUUUUAAGUUAGGAGAGUGCACGAAACGCGUUUUGUAAAUAGUGUUAAAGAGUGAGUGGUAGAAUAGCGAAUUCCAAUGUCCAAGACUCGAAUGCACCCGAUAUAUGGCAGGACUCCGUCUUGCUCGAUACUGCAGAGGCUGGAGGAGAGGAGCAACAAAGCCACCGCAGCACGCUUGGAGCGAAACAGGAAACCUGACAAGCCCGAGGACUUCAUCUGCUACGAUGAUAGUGACAGUGAUGAGGAGAGUUUGACCACGCAGAAGGAGGUGCUGAGAACGUCGUAUAAUAUAGUGGACUAUGUUCGGACUAGAGAAAUGCUCAGCAGAGACAUUAGGAGCAUCAAAAGUGAUUACGGUUCUAGGCACAUCCUCACACAUGAAAUGUUCAAAGAGACACCAGUCAAUUUGGGUAACAUGAAUAAGAUAUUUUGUUCGCAGUGGCUGAGUGAUAGACAGGUUGUUUUCGGUACAAAGUGCAAUAAGUUGAUGGUCUACGAUGUAGUCACGCACGCUUUGGAUCAGAUCCCUUCGUUGGUGAGCAGAAGGAAUCCCACCGAGCAGCAUCAGUGUGGCAAACACUCGGUGCAGAUUAAUCCGUCGAAAACGCUGCUCGCGACGGCCGCGAGGAACGCGUGCGAUAUCGCCGUCUACAGGUUGCCCACUUUGGAUCCAGUUUGCGUCGGCGAGAAUGCCCACAAGGAUUGGGUGUUCGAUAUGUGCUGGCUGGAUGACGAGUUUCUCGUGUCUGGGUCUUGUGAUAAAAUGGCACUGUGGAGGAUUACGCCUGAAGUGGUCGAACAGAAACAGGAUAUACAUAUAUACAAAAGUAUUACAGCUGAAGCAGUCAAGGAUUGUAAAAAUUCACAAAAGGUGAGAGCAAUAACGUUUAAUAAGGCGUACAAAGAAGUGGCAGCUUUGAGUCUCAAUGGAUACAUUCACGUGUGGAGUGCGGAAACCUUCAAGCAGAAACUGACGCGAAAGCUGCCUUCGACUCAAGAGAACGUCUGUUUGGCGGUGCAAGAUUCAGGGUUGUACGCGAUCGGGAGUCGCUCGUACACCUUGCUGUUAGAUUGCAGGACGUUGCAGGCUGUGAGAAAAAUUUCGUCUCGGCACUCUGGAUGCGGCGUGCGUUCCGCCAGUUUCCAAGGUGAUAUCCUCACGACCGGCACUGGAUUAGGGAUGAUUCUGUUCUACGAUCUGAAGGCUGGGAAAUUUAUAGAGUCUAGCAUAAACUCGUCGAGGACGGUCGUGCUGAAAGCAAGUCGUGGUUACGUCUUUCCAGACGAGGAACAUAUUGAGAAUGUACAGAACGUAAAGUACGUUCCGGCCAUCUACACGCACUGUUACGACACGAGUGGGACGCGUCUGUUCACUGCCGGUGGUCCUCUGUCCGCCACCUUGACCGGAAACUAUGCCGGCUUGUGGCAAUAAUGUAGGUAUAUUUUAUUGCAAUUCUUUGUAAGUUCGCAAACCGUUAGCAAUUUCUCUUGCAACGAUCGACGCGACGCGACGCUCAAAACAGCGAUCAGUAAUAUUAGAGAGAAUUGACUGCAACGGAAAACAUGCUCACAUGCGAACUUACUAUAUAAUCAAUUCAAAUUAAAUAAUCCACAUCAACAAUCGAAUUCCUUAUAAUUACGAAUUACAUUUUUUUUUUCCUAUUGCUUCACGUUUAUUGUGAAGAGAACUGAGUGUGAGUUAGGCAGUGACUGCGUAUUUUUUCAUUGAGAUGUGAUGUAUUUGUUGUUUUUUUAAAUUUUUUAAUUUAGACUAAUUUAGGUGACUAAUAAUAAUAAUUUUAUUUGAACGAUUGAAUGCUGCGUGUCUUCAUUGUCUGUAGGUAUAUGCUUUCUCUGUGUGUCGGCGGUUUUAGAUAGUUAAUUGUAUUUUAAGAGAUGUGUGUUCAUAAUUUAGUUCUCUUUUUAUAUCUAUUUUUUUUGUUUGUUUUUACUAUCGAUUUCUUUUAAAUAUAUUUUUUAUUGUAUGUACAUAACUUCAAAUUUAAAUAAAUAUUUAAUAUAUUAUU